AUGAGGUUCUGGUGGAUUGUAACAUUAGCUAAUCUUUGUGCGGCACAUAUGCAUAUGGAUGAUGACGAGGAUAUGAGUAAUGAAAUGGGUAUGGGAGUAAGUGACACUAACUUGACGCCUGUACCACAUGAGCCCAAGCAUUUGCAUGGUCAGCCCAUUCUGGACACCCACUUAACGCCAGCUGAGAGACUGUAUUGGGAGAAGUAUGAUACUACAACCUUCUUCACUACAGACCUUGGUAACAGGUCUGCGUUUAAGUUCCAUGUGGCGACCAUGUUUAUUUUGUUGUUCUUGUCUUACCCCGUAUGCUUAAUUUUAAACUCGGUUGCCUCCAGCUGGUACCUGGCAGCAUUGACUGCCAACCUGGCAUUAACUGUCGCUUCUCUUAUAUCCCUGUUGGUAUUCAGCACCACUUUUCCUGAGGAGUGGUAUGCCAAUAACUUCUAUCAUAAAACUUCAUGGACUGUUCUCAUCUUGAUGUUAGUUCAUUACAUCGCUGCUGUAGGUACAUUGGCUGCUAAACGGUUUGGUUCUGGCUAUGUAUCAUUAGAUAUAGAGACAGUUGCAUAUCCUUUGCAAGAUUAUGACAACUACGAAAUACCAGAUGUAGUGGUUAAUGAUGGCAACACUGAGGACCCUAGUCGUCUCAGCCCGCCAACGACAGUUACUCCAAACGAUGACACACAAGAGUCAUCCUUGAGUCAUAGUCAUAGUGAAGAGUCUCUGAGGUUUACUGAUGAUUCGCAUAAAAAGCCAAGGAAGGAUAAAUUGCUCAACAAGAUACCUGUAAACUCCAAACUGCAAACUAUAAUGGACAAGUUUGGUGUGUUUUUUGGCAUUAUUUUUGGCUUCCUUAAUUACCCAAUGUUGUUGAUCUUAUUUGUUGAUGCUUGCACGGGUAUUGCGAUUGGUAAUUUACUUGGAAAAGGACCAAGGGUAUUUAAUUUACUAGCUCAUUGGAUUAAAGGUGGUGUCUUCUUUGUUUUAGGUAUCGUCUCGCUUGCUAGAUACUGCGGCGUGGGCCAAAAAUACGGAUGGGCCUGGAAUAGGCUUAUUAUUGAUAGAAGAUCGCCAUACGCAAAUUCUGUUUGGUUCAAGUACAGUCCAAUAGGAGGUAUUACAAUGGAAGGGUUUGAAUCGUUCUUGAUCUUUUUUUAUGGUUCAACUAAUGUAUUUUUAGAGCAUUUGGCAGGAGCUGGUGGCGCCUGGACUGCAAAGGAUCUGCAACAUGUUUCAAUAGCAUUUAUGUUUUUUGGAACUGGUUUAUGUGGCUUAUUGGUGGAAGGAUUCCUUAAUAAAUGGAGAUUUACACAUGCAUUGGUUAGAACUGAUUAUAAAGAAGAGGAGGUUUUGGUGGCUAAUCCAGGGUAUUCACCAAAUCCAUUUCCAACAUUUACGAUUUUUUGGACUGGUAUAUUGAUGUCACAACAUGCUCAGGCAUCUGAGACGUCGACUACCAUACAUGUUCAAUGGGGUAGUUUGUUAUCAUAUGGAUCAUUCUUCCGUCUGUUUACAUUUUUAAUAUUGUAUUUCAGUCCUGAGGUUAACAUGGAGCCUUUUAAGCCUAUUACAGAAUUAGUUUCAUCUUUCUGUCUCUUGGCAGGUGGAUUGAUUUUUAUGGAGUCAACAGAUCAAGUGGUUGAAGGCUUUGAAUAUCGCGGCUUUACACCGAUGUUCACAUUUAACAUUAGUGUGGGUAUUGUCUCAUUAAUUAUGGCAUGGGAGAUGAUACUUCUCUUUUGGAGAAGAUACCUGGCAUCCAAUUAA